UACCGACUCCCUUGGGACGUCAAUUGUUUACCCGUCGCUAUGGCGACAACAGGUGUUGUAUUUCCUGUCUGACGACCUCCCGACCCGGACUUAUCCUAACAGGUACUUGGCGUGUUCCGUGUGUGGCCUUUACCGCUUUAACAAGUCCCCAGUGACCACUUGUGGAGAAGCCUGUGUAGCGUGAAAGCAAAGAAGGUUUUUGAGAGCCAGGGUUGUGACUUGAGACGCCAUUCUUAGCUUGUGUUGUGAGUACAAAUUAAGCGGACGGAGUUUGGUAUUUUAAGAUGGCGGCGGCGAUGUCGGCUCGUUCUCCCCGGCGCCGAGUGGAGAGCCCGGAGAGUCCUCGGCUUCUCUCGGUCAUCUCCGAAGAGUACCGGAACCGUCUACGGAUUCCUUCGUACGACGAUACCGAGAAGUUCAGCUUCGGGCCCGUGUACGAGGACAGCAUCUACGAGACCAUCCACAAAUAUCUCGAGUUGGACACUCACCACAGGGUGGCCUAUAUUGGUGACCCCGUAGGCAGCCUGGCACAGAAAAUACAGGAACAUUUCUGUCUGACCCAACCUAUAGUAGCCGUCACACCGGGAAAGGUUCACUACGAACCCACUCCCGAUCGCCGCCGACUUCUCCCGAUCGAGAUCCAAAACGUCGGCGCCGAGCAAUACUUCCGCGAGGCCGCGCAAGACUUCCCCUCGGUGUACAGCGCAGCUCCCUUCGACCGCAUCAUCAUGUUCGACUCGAUAGAACACAUCCAGAACCUCCGAGAAACCUUCGGAUACAUCUUGAAGACGCUACACGAGUUCGGCAAGAUUUUGCUCAUCCACCGGCCCGGUCCUAUGAACACUUUGCCGUAUUUCACAGACCUGAGUAACAGAGUACGGGAGCUAGACAUUCCUUAUAUUAACAUUCUUCAGGACAUACAAGCAUGUAAAGCAGACGUGGAAUGGGAACUGGAACAGUUACCUGUGGUCAUCCCAAAACUCAAGUGGCUGUCCAUGCUCAAGGAAAAGUUCCCACCACAGGUGCGAGUGAUGAGCGACUACGAGGUGUCCAACGGCAUCCGAGAGCUUUCCGAAGGCAUGCUGAAGUACCACGGCGAGACGCUAGAGUUCAUCGACCGCCUCAUGUUCAUCACCAUAUCGCACCCGCUCUUCGACACAAACUACCCCAGCAUGCAGCGCGCCGGCGGAAGUGCAAUCGUGCCAUUUCCGGGCAUGGAGGAGCUUCAGUUCCAAAUGCCAAUCACCGAGGACUUGAAGAAGUUCUUAGCUAAACCUCCCCCAGAGGAAAGGGUGAAGAGGUUACGAUAAACUGUACAUGUGGAAAACUAAAUGAGAAGAUAUUGUGACUUUUGUACAAUCUAUCUCUUGCAACUUACCGAUCAGCAUUCUUUAAAUGCACCUGCUAGUAAGGCAGUGCUUUCGCACAGGGUCUUGGAAGCGUUUUCCCACCAAGUCUUUACCGGCCACGGUAGAAAUUAAAGGAGGACAUGUGUCACUUUUCUUCAGCAAAAUGUGCGUCCGAUUUUGACUAGUAAGGAUCUAAAAUUGACGGAAAGUAGGUUUAUCAAUUUUGUUUCAAGUUAAUGCCUGUCAAUGUCGAGAAAGUAGGAGAUCGUUAGAUCUUAUUUUUGCUGUUAGGAUAUAGGCUGCUAUUUAUAUGUGCCAAAUCUGGCGAGAAAAGCCACCAAACAUCUGCUAAGCUUUAAGACUCUACGUUCUCACGGGCAAUAACUCUUUGAUAUCGUUAGGUCUUGUCCAAUGAAACGUAUCUUUUAAACGAUUUUAACAAACACCAAUUGUAUAGAUUAAGGAAACAAACUGAGGUAUACUCUUUUCACGUAGACUUUUAUUUCGCUAAAAUUGGGACCAUGUAUCCCUUAUGUACAGUUAAUAACUAUGUAAGGAAACCAGGUAAAAGGAGCAAAACAUCGUAUAGCUGUGCAUAGAGGUAUUACCUUGUAUAUAAUGCUACGGUAUAGAAUAGAUGUUUUGGCGACGCCUCAGGGGCCGAGGCAAUUUCCAGAAUAAUGCAUGUACAUCCUAGCUGAUUUGUUGUGAUGCCUUCUACAUUCUAUUUUCGAUACUGACACACAGUGUGAAUCUUUGACUCCCUUUGAUAUAAAAAUCCGGCAAGUUGAAGAACAUGCAAUAAAAACGCAAAGGUAGCAAAUGA